GACCCCUUCUUUUCUCAUCCUUAAAUUCUGUCCGCCCCGGGCCUUUCCACAUCCCCUCGCCGGCCCCCGCCCAGCUCCGGCGACCCGCCGGGCAGCCUCCGGCCUCAGUUUCCUUCCCUUCCCGGCUCUUUCCGCUGCCGGGGGCCCUUCCUCGAGGGCGGAUGUGCGCCGGGAGGGCGGAGGCGGCGGCCCCAGAGGAUCCCGGCUCGCCGCUCAGGCCUCCGGCCGCAGCCAUGCGACGCCCGCGGCGAGGCCCCGGCUGGGCCCCCGGGGCACAGGAGCUCUGGAGCCCCAGGACCAUGGACUCUCUCAGUAGGAGCCAGGUAGGCCCUGGAUGCAAGACCCAAGCAAUGGUUCAGAAAGGCCCCUUGGACCUGAUUGAGACAGGCAAAGGGCUGAAGGUGCAAACGGACAAACCCCAUCUGGUGAGCCUGGGCAGUGGGCGGCUAAGCACGGCUAUCACCCUUCUGCCGCUGGAAGAAGGGAGGACGGUGAUUGGCUCUGCUGCCAGGGACAUCUCCCUGCAGGGCCCAGGCCUGGCUCCAGAGCACUGCUACAUCGAGAACGUGCGUGGCACCCUCACCCUCUACCCUUGUGGCAAUGCCUGCACUAUUGAUGGACUCCCUGUCCGGAAGCCCAUCCGGCUCACUCAGGGCUGCAUGUUGUGCCUGGGUCAGUCCACCUUCCUGCGCUUUAACCACCCGGCUGAAGCCAAGUGGAUGAAGAGCAUGAUUCCCACAGGGGGCCGGGCCCCUGGGCCCCACUAUGGUCCUGGCCCAGCAGAAUCAGAAAGCCUGGUCAACGGGAACCACACCCCACAGCCCGCAACCCGGGGGCCCUCGGCUUGUGCCAGCCACAGUUCCCUGGUGAGCUCUAUUGAGAAGGACCUGCAGGAAAUCAUGGACUCACUGGUGCUAGAGGGGCCUGGAGCUGCUAGCAAGACGCCUGCUGCAGCUUCCCCACUGUCGCCAGUGGCUAACGGCGGACGCUACCUGCUCUCCCCACCGACCAGCCCCGGCGCCAUGUCUGUGGGCUCCAGCUACGAGAACACCUCUCCGGCCUUCUCUCCACUCUCCUCACCAGCCAGCAGUGGAAGCUGUGCCAGCCAGUCACCCAGUGGGCAGGAGCCAGCACCUUGCAUGCCCCCACUGGUACCUGCCCGUUCCUCCAGCUACCAUCUGGCCCUGCAGCCCCCACAGCCCCGACCAAGUGGUGCCCACUCCUCUGAGAGCCCCAGGCUGGGCAGGAAAAGGGGUCACGAGAGGCCUCCCAGCCCUGGCCUCCGGGGUCUGCUGACAGACAGCCCUGCAGCCACUGUCUUGGCAGAGGCCCGCAGAGCCACUGAGAGCCCCCAGCUGGGUGGGCAGCUGCCCGUGGUGGCUAUCAGUCUGAGUGAAUACCCAGCUUCCGGUGCCUGUAGCCAACCCAACAGAAUUCCUGGCAGUCCCAAGUUCCAGCCUCCAGUCCCUGCUCCCCGAAACAAGGUCGGCACACUCCAGGACCGCCCUCCCAGCCCUUUCCGUGAGCCGCCAGGCCCUGAACGGGUGUUGACAACCAGCCCUUCCCGCCAGCUGGUGGGCAGAACAUUUUCAGACGGGUCAGCUGCCCGCAUCCUGCAGCCUCCUGAGAGUCCCCGCCUGGGCCGGCGGGGCCUGGACAGUAUGCGAGAGCUCCCGCCCUUGAGCCCAUCACUGUCCCGACGGGCUCUCUCCCCCAUGCCCACCCGGACCACCGCAGAUCCCAAGCUAACCAGGGACGUGGCGGAGAGUCCCCGGCCCCGGCGCUGGGCAGCCCACGGAGCUUCACCGGAGGACUUCUCCCUGACACUGGGGGUGCGAGGCCGUAGGACACGGAGCCCCUCGCCCACGCUCGGGGAGUCCCUGGCACCCCGCAAGGGCAGCUUCAGUGGCAGGCUGAGCCCAGCCUACAGCCUGGGCUCUCUGACUGGGGCUUCGCCCCGCCAGAGCCCCCGUGCUCAGAGGAAGCUCUCCAGUGGGGACUUGCGGGUGCCUGUCGCUCGGGAGCGGAAAAAUAGCAUCACAGAGAUCAGCGACGAUGAGGACGACCUCCUGGAGUACCACCGGCGGCAGCGCCAGGAGCGGCUCUGGGAGCAGGAGAUGGAGAGACUGGAACGCCAGCGCCUGGAGACCAUCCUGAACCUGUGCGCGGAGUACAGCCGGGCUGACGGGGGGCCCGAGGCCGGGGAGCUGCCCAGCAUCCGGGAGGCAGCCGCAGCCUUGGCACUGACAGGCCGGAGGCCCUCACGAGGCCUCCCGGGGGCCACGCAGGUCUCCGGGCGGAGUAGCGAGGAGCCUGGGGGUGCUGGCCCGCGGCUGUGGGAGAGUGCGGAGCGCUCAGAUGAGGAAAACCUCAAGGAGGAGCGGAGCAGCACAGAGAGCGCCCAGCAGGAGGGAGGGGAGUUCGCCUCUUAUCUCAGCCCACUAUCCCUUCCAAGCGCCCUGUGGGCUUCUCCAGCCGGUGAUGGCUUCCCUUCCCUCCAGCAGGAAGAUGCACCUAGCCCCAAGCUCCAGGGAGAGGUGCUGGCCCUGGAAGAGGAGCGCGCCCAGGUGCUGGGCCGAGUGGAGCAGCUCAAGGCCCGUGUGAAGGAGCUGGAGCAGCAGCUGCAGGAGUCAGCCCGGGAGGCUGAAAUGGAGCGCGCGUUGCUGCAGGGGGAGAGGGAGGCAGAGAGGGCACUGCUGCAGAAGGAGCAGAAGGCAGCGGACCAGCUGCAGGAGAAGCUGGUGACCUUGGACACAGCCAUCCAAAAGGAGAGGGACAAGAUCUCGUGCCAGCCUGCAGGGGCUGCUCCGUCCCACAGGGGCCGUGCCAGCCAUGCCCAAGAUGCCCAACAACGUGCCAAAAGCUCUGAAGUGGAGAGGGGCCACCUAUUUCUGGACUUGACAGAGAGGGCGGAGCUGGCCGCGGGACGGAGGCACCUGGAGGCCCGCCAGGCACUCUACGCCGAGCUCCAGACGCAGCUCGAUAACUGCCCCGAGUCAGUGCGGGAACAGUUACAGGAGCAGCUGAGAAGGGAGGCAGAGGCCCUGGAGACCGAGACGAAGCUCUUUGAGGACUUGGAAUUCCAGCAGCUGGAGCGCGAGAGCCGCGCGGAGGAGGAGCGGGAGCUGGCGGGCCAGGGGCUGCUCCGCAGCAAGGCCGAGCUGCUCCGCAGCGUCGCCAGGAGGAAGGAGCGCCUGGCGGUCCUGGACAGUCAGGCUGGGCAGAUCCGGGCCCAGGCUGUGCAAGAAUCGGAGCGCUUGGCCCGGGACAAGAAUGCGUCCCUGCAGCUGCUGCAGAAGGAGAAGGAAAAACUGACCAUGUUGGAAAGAAGAUACUCCUCACUCACAGGGGGCAGGCCUUUCCCGAAGACUACAUCAACGCUCAGAGAGGUAGCGCGGGCGGAACUGCUCAUCUCCGAGUCCUCAGAGGUGGGGCUGGGGCCUGUGACUCGGGGCCCACUCCCAGGGCCUCCUCAGUCUGGGGCCUCCUCUGUCCCCUUAGCCCCACCUGCCUCUCCUCAGCUCUGCCCCAAAGCACAAGAGGAGUAUGUGAGCCUGGCAGAGGCUGUCCAGCUGUGCUCUCGCUUGGACCCCUAUGCUUCUGCCACUCCCCCCAGCGUGCUCGCCCAGCCCCUGCCUGACAGUGAGUACUUGACGCUUGAGCAGCUAAAGGCGAUGUGGGGCGCCUCACCCACGCCCACAGCCCCUGCACCCAGCCUGCCUGUCUGGGCCUCUGCCUCCCAAGACCUCGUUCCCACCACCUGCCUUCCUCCCGUGCUGCCCUCUUCCUCCUCCUUCGCUUCUGUCACGGCUUCACCGAAGAUGGAGAAUCUGCUGCUCCCUGCUGUAGACUUAGAGCAGUGGUACCAGGAGCUGAUGGCCGGGCUGGGCACUGGCCGCACUGCGGCCUCCCCUCGCUCCUCCCCCCCGCCUCUGCCCGCCAAAGCUUCCCGCCAGCUGCAGGUUUACCGCUCCAAGGUGGACGGUGAAGCCUCCAGCCCCCUGCCCCGGACCCGCAGCGGCCCCCUCCCGUCGUCCUCUGGCUCCUCCUCCUCUUCCUCCCAGCUCAGCGUGGCUACCUUGGGCCGUAGCCCCUCCCCGAAGGGUGCUCUCCUGGCCCAGAAUGGCACGGGCAGCCUUCCUCGCAACCUGGCAGCCACGCUGCAGGACAUCGAGGCCAAGCGCCAACUGGCCCUGCAGCAGAAGGUCGAGUCGCUUCCUGCCGAGCCCCUCCCAGCCGACGACCCAGCAGGACAGCAGGUGAUUGAGGAGCAGCGGCGGCGGCUGGCCGAGCUGAAGCAGAAAGCAGCAGCCGAGGCGCAGUGCCAGUGGGAUGCCCUGCAUGGGGCGGCCCCUUUUCCGGCAGGCCCCUCGGGCUUCCCCCCACUCAUGCACCACUCCAUCCUGCACCACCUGCCGGCCGGGCGGGAGCGUGGGGAGGAGGGUGAUCACGCCUACGACACCCUGAGCCUGGAGAGCUCCGACAGCAUGGAGACCAGCAUCUCCACGGGGGCCAACUCGGCCUGCUCCCCCGACAACAUGUCCAGUGCAAGUGGCCUGGAUUUGGGGAAGAUGGAGGAGAUGGAGAAGAUGCUGAAAGAAGCUCGUGCCGAGAGGAGCCGGCUCAUGGAGUCCAGGGAGCGAGAGAUGGAGCUUCGGCGGCAGGCCCUGGAGGAAGAGCGGAGGAGGCGGGAGCAGGUGGAACGGAGGCUGCAGAGCGAGAGUGCCAGGAGGCAGCAGCUGGUGGAGAAGGAAGUCAAGAUGCGGGAGAAACAGUUUUCCCAGGCACGACCCCUGACCCGCUACCUGCCAAUCCGGAAGGAGGACUUUGACCUGAAGACCCACAUCGAGUCAUCAGGCCAUGGUGUCGAUACCUGUCUGCACGUGGUGCUCAGCAGCAAGGUCUGCCGCGGCUACCUGGUCAAGAUGGGAGGCAAGAUUAAAUCGUGGAAGAAGCGCUGGUUUGUCUUUGACCGGCUCAAGCGCACCCUCUCCUAUUAUGUGGACAAGCACGAGACAAAGCUGAAAGGGGUCAUCUACUUCCAGGCCAUCGAGGAGGUGUACUACGACCACCUGCGCAGUGCGGCCAAGAGCCCGAACCCAGCCCUCACCUUCUGUGUGAAGACCCACGACCGGCUGUACUACGUGGUGGCCCCGUCGGCAGAGGCCAUGCGCAUCUGGAUGGAUGUCAUCGUCACCGGGGCCGAGGGCUACACUCAGUUCAUGAACUGACCGGGGGGGCCUCCUCACCCGGCCGCCCCAGGACCCGCGCCUGACCAUCUGCUGCGCUGCUCACCCGACCUAGCGGGGGCGCUCCCAGAAGCCCCUGGAGGGGGCGGCGUGUCUGGCGCUUUUGUGCAAGGAGACUUGGUAAUGUUCCAGAAGGAGCUCGCCCGUGAAUUUCGGAGCUCAGGCCUCCGAAGAACCGGCAAGGAGACGAAGGUGGGGUCGGGGUUUUGCUUCUUCCCGGGAGCCCAGAACUUGCAGUGACCCUCUGGGUCCUGUGCUGGGCCCAAGGCAGAGGGGCUGUCACAGAGGGGGCCUCUCAGCUCCGACCUGGCACCUGCACUCCCCACCCUGUGUUCUUUUUUGCAAAGGACAAAUUAUGGUACCAGAAUCUGCCAAAGAUCCCCUCUUGCUUCAGCCCCCUUUACAGGGGCCUUGGGGGCUAAGCAGAGCCACACCCAGAGUGGGGUAACAGCUCAGGCAGUGUACUUCUCCGACCCCGCUCCGCCUCAUUGUCCUCCCGCAUUUGUAGUUUUUAUUACUUUGCCCCAAGGCCAGAGACCACAGGUGUCAUCCUUGAGGUCCCAGCCCCAUCCCCUUUGUGCAGACCGCCACCGCGGUCACCAUAGUAACUGCUUCAUCACCAUGGUUACAUACUAAUUGCCAUGGCUCUGUGGCUCAGCCCACUGCUGCCGCUGUGGGCCCGUCUGAGGGUACGUGCCGUCAUCUCUCCAGCCCGGCCCUUGGGCAUUUCCUCCUGGGGCCGGGGACUGAACGCCUUCUCCCUGCCCCUUGCCUGUAUCUCCAGGUCCCGAGGCACAGCCUGCCGGCCCUCCAGUCCAGCCCUCCCCCUUCCACUCGUGCCUUGCUUAGAGCCACAAGGGAAGAAGCCGGAGGAUCUAGAUUCCAGGGCAGGGGCAGCGUGGACGGAGAGGAAGCUAGAAGGGGUUCUGUUCAGGGCUGUUUCCGACAUGGACUGGCCGCUCAGAGGCCCCCGGGGAGGGCCUGGGCAGGAGGGGAAGCAGCAGAGGGAGGGGGCCCUGAAGGCCAACUGCCGUCCCUUCGGCCUCAGCAGGUGGAUGAAAACGGGGAGCAAAGGACCAGGUGUCCAGCCGUCUGGCCUCAGCCCUUCUCGCCUUAACACUAAGCCCACCUCCCUGUCCCUCCCAGCACUGGGCCGUGGUUGCUGGGCCUGGGCUGGGUGUUUUUCAGUAUUUGUAAGCAUCUCAGAAGAACAAUAAAGCAUUUGGAGUAUG